CCACCAUACCAUUUUUUCUCUUCCGUAUAAAAAAAGGGCGGUUCAGAAAUCCCUCUCUUUCAGUUUCUGUUACGCAAAAAUCAAAAUUGCAAAAAGCGCACUUCCUCUCACUGUCUUAUACCCUCCUUCGCUGUCGCCGAUCCGUAAAUCGCUGAGUCGACUCACUCUCCAAUGGCGGAUUCCACCUCGGAUCAACUUGCCAACCUCGAUAUUUCCGAGUUCGAUUGCCCUAAUCUCCAGAGAAAUCUCAAUAUUCUUUCGCCUGAUUAUGUCGAUUUGGCGAAGAUGUUGAUUCAGAAUGGGCAGAGUCAUGUCUUUGAUGAAUGGCCUGAACCUGGUGUUGAUGAUGAUGAGAAAUUAGCCUUCUUUGAUCAGAUUGCUCGCCUCAAUUCCAGCUAUCCUGGUGGUUUGGUGCAAUAUAUAAAUAAUGCUAAAGAACUUCUAGCAGACUCAAAGGCUGGAAAGAAUGCUUUUGAUGGAUUUACACCUUCUGUUCCAACAGGUGAAAAUCUGACUUUUGCUGAUGAGAACUUCAUCAAAUAUGAAGAGACUGGUGUAAAGGAAGCAAAAAAUGCUGCGUUUGUUCUUGUUGCUGGUGGUCUUGGAGAACGUCUUGGGUACAACGGAAUUAAGGUUGCUCUUCCUUCCGAAACCUCCACUGGAACAUGCUUCUUACAGUUAUACAUAGAGUCUAUCCUUGCUCUUCAAGAAGCUAGCUGCAGACUGGCUGAAGGAGAACCUCUUAAGGAGAUCCCUCUUGCUAUUAUGACUUCUGAUGACACUCAUGCACGGACAUUGGCGCUCUUGGAGUCAAAUGCUUAUUUUGGAAUGAAAUCAACACAAGUCUCACUUGUCAAGCAGGAAAAAGUGGCUUGCUUAGCUGAUAAUGAUGCCAGGCUUGCAGUGGACCCACAAAAUAAGUACAGAAUCCAGACAAAGCCUCAUGGCCAUGGCGAUGUGCAUUCACUUCUGUAUUCUAGUGGUCUUCUAAACAAAUGGCAUGAUGCUGGUGUAAAAUGGGUUUUGUUCUUUCAAGAUACAAAUGGACUUCUCUUCAAGGCAAUUCCAGCAUCACUGGGAGUCAGUGCCACUAAACAGUACCAGGUUAACUCUCUUGCAGUUCCUAGAAAAGCAAAAGAAGCUAUUGGAGGCAUUGCUAAGCUUACACAUGCUGAUGGGAGGACGAUGGUGAUCAAUGUGGAAUACAAUCAACUUGAUCCUCUGCUUCGAGCAACUAUCAACUCUGAAGGAGAUGUCAACUGUGAGACUGGGUUUUCACCUUUCCCUGGAAAUAUUAAUCAGCUAAUAUUGGAACUUGAAUCAUACAUUGAGGAACUCAAGAAGACAGGUGGUGCCAUCAAAGAGUUUGUUAACCCCAAGUAUAAGGAUGCUACAAAGACUUCCUUCAAGUCUUCUACUCGAUUGGAGUGCAUGAUGCAAGAUUACCCAAAGACGUUACCUCCAACUGCAAGGGUUGGGUUUACUGUGAUGGAUAUAUGGCUUGCUUAUGCACCUGUGAAGAACAACCCUGAGGAUGCUGCAAAGGUCCCAAAGGGUAAUCCAUACCAUAGUGCAACUUCUGGUGAAAUGGCCAUCUACAGGGCACACAGCCUAAUUUUGAAAAAGGCGGGUGUUCAAAUUGCUGACCCAGUAAUGCAUGCGUAUAACGGACAAGAAGUGGAGGUGUGGCCUCGGAUUGUUUGGAAGCCAAAAUGGGCACUAACAUUUUCAGAUGUAAAAAGAAAAAUUGGAGGAAAUUGCUCUGUUUCUCUGAAGUCCACCAUGGUUCUCAAGGGCCGAAAUAUUUUCAUCGAGGGACUUUCCUUGAAUGGAACUCUUAUUGUAGACGCAAUUGAUGAUGCAGAGGUGAAAGUGGAAGGUUCUGUGCAAAACGUAGGCUGGACCCUAGAAAAUGUUGAUUAUAAAGAUACUCGUAUUCCUGAAGAAAUAAGGAUCAGAGGCUUCAGAAUAAGCAAGGUUGAUCAACUUGAAGGAAAUUUCCGAGAACCUGGGAAUUACUGCUUGAAACCUUGAUGCAAACCAUGAGCCAAGGAUAAGAUCGUAAGAGUUUUUUUUUUAGUCUCCUCCUAUAAUUCUCUGGAUAUUCCUUUCACUAAAUAAUGAGAAAAUUAUAGUUUAGCGUGUGAAGUUCGCGUAGCAGUCUUCAAUUGUAAAUGUAUUCAUUGAUUUGUAUGUCAACCAAACCUUAAAUGGUCAGAAACUCAAAUAACAAUCAAACUUGUAUAUGCGUAUUACAUGCUAGUCCCAAACUUAUCUUCC